AUAUAGUCACAACAAAGUCCUGUAAUUGUAACGAGCGUGUGGAGCGUUGUUUAACGACAUACAUGACGCACACCAUAUGACACACACAAUGCACGUAAUUCCAGAGUGCAGGAUCCCUAAUGAAAACACAUUUCGAGGGACACGAAAACAAUAAUUUGCGUACAUUUUGGUAAUAGGAACUACUCUGGGUGAUCUGAUAUAGUAACAAAGCAAGAUAGAAAUACAAAUCCAUGUAUAUUCUACUAAACAGCGACUAUCUCCUGAUAUUAAUUUUCUCACGUUCCAAAUAUUCUGUCCAGUAUUCAUUUGAAGUAAAUUGUACAACGCUGGACUCGUAUUGUUUCUUACAGUUAGAACACUUGCGAUUGCAAUACAGCAUUCAUUCUCCUAAAUCCAUGACCUGCAGCAUUAGUUUAAAAUAAAAUUUACACAUACCGUAUGAGGAAACACCUAAAGAAAGAAAAAAAGUAAAAAAAAUGAGCUUAAUAUUGACACAGCUUUGAUGGUUGCGUUGUGUUUCUUAUUAUGGGCAAAGUACAAAGCGAAUUUUGCCAUUUAGUCAUUAAAAUCCUGAUCCCUGUUUUGGCAGACGUUGCCUGAACAACUCGAAGGCUAAAUGAUUUCGACCGAGCGAGCCACCUAUUAAAAUGCAUGCAUUGAUUUUUCAGAGCGGCACACUAUAUUCCCACCGGUAGGGAACAUCUAUAGAAACAAAGAACAUUAAUACGUAAAUGAAUGAAAUCCCCGGUACCCUUGCAAGAAGGAGGAAAGGUGUAAUGUAAUUUGCAUGGCGAUAGAAAUCGGGAGACAUUUCUGGUCAGCAUUGAAGCUACUUGUGAAUGGAUUUCUUCAGGAUUUGCACAGCCUAACAUGGGUGUCCCGCCAUUCCUUGCAUCAGAAGGUUUCGUCUUGGCGCAGUGAAUGAAGAACAUGCAGUGAUUGCAAAUGGAUUUGGGAAGCAUAUGUUCUAUUCUCUAAGUGACCAUGCCGUGAUCCUCACUGAGGGCCAUCACCCCGCUUAACGUCAAUAUAACUAUUCUGGGGAAUCUAACAAUAUAGGGGAAUAAAUACUGUGCAUUAUACGAACAACAUGAAGAUUACUUCCCCAAUACUAACUAAUCUGAUCUUCAGGCUUCUUCUCCUGAUAUUACUAUGUGUGGGAUAUUCUCAUGGGAUGCCGCACGUUUUACGAUUUGGGGGGAUUUUUGAAUCUGUAGAAUCUGGGUCCUUCAGGAGCAGAGGAAUUAGCCUUCAAAUUUGCUUUAAAUACAAUCAACAGAAACAGGACACUACUGCCAAACACAACGCUAACAUAUGACAUCCAAAGGAUAAACAUCUAUGACAGUCUCAUUCGAUUACAAGAGCUCAUCAAGGCCCCAUCGCGCUACAACAUUCGACUGAAAAUCCGGCAGUUACCAAUGGACACAAAGGAUGCCAAGCCUUUGCUGAAGGAAAUGAAAAGAGGAAAAGAGUUCCAUGUAAUAUUUGACUGUGGUCAUGAAAUGGCAGCUGGUAUAUUAAAGCAGGCAUUAGCUAUGGGAAUGAUGACAGAAUAUUACCAUUACAUUUUCACAACACUGGACCUCUUUGCCCUUGAUGUGGAGCCUUACCGCUACAGUGGUGUUAACAUGACAGGAUUCCGAAUCUUAAACACAGAAAACACCCAAGUAUCUUCAAUAAUUGAGAAGUGGUCGAUGGAGCGGCUUCAAGCGCCUCCCAAACCAGACUCAGGUUUGCUGGAUGGAUUUAUGACGACUGAUGCAGCUUUAAUGUACGACGCAGUUCAUGUGGUGGCGGUGGCCGUCCAGCAGUCUCAGCAGAUAACUGUCAGCUCAUUACAGUGCAACCGGCACAAGCCCUGGCGCUUCGGGAACCGGUUCAUGGGUCUCAUUAAAGAGUUGGUAAUCCCUUGCAGCUUGGGCUGCAAACACCAUUGCACAUCUGCUAAGCCUACUUCAAGUAUGAAUAACAAAUUAGCCCACUGGGAAGGAUUAACAGGCCGGAUAACUUUCAACAAAACCAAUGGCUUGAGGACUGAUUUUGAUUUAGAUGUGAUCAGCCUGAAGGAGGAGGGCCUUGAGAAGAUUGGAACCUGGGAUCCGCCAAGUGGCUUUGAACAUGACAGAAAACCAAAAGGAAAGACAACCAACAUCACUGACUCCCUAUCCAACCGAUCCUUGGUUGUUUCCACCAUCUUGGAAGACCCGUAUGUGAUAUUUAAGAAGUCUGAUAAACCUCUUUAUGGGAAUGAUCGGUUUGAAGGUUACUGCAUCGACCUCCUCAAGGAGCUGGCCAAUAUCCUGGGAUUUACGUAUGAGAUAAGAUUGGUGGAGGAUGGGAAAUAUGGAGCCCAGGAGGACACAAAUUACGGCCAGUGGAACGGCAUGGUCAAGGAACUCAUGGACCAUAAAGCUGAUCUUGCAGUUGCUCCCCUGGCUAUCACCUAUGCCCGGGAGAAGGUCAUUGACUUCUCCAAGCCCUUCAUGACGCUGGGAAUAAGUAUUUUGUACCGCAAGCCCAAUGGUACAAACCCUGGUGUUUUCUCCUUCCUGAAUCCACUCUCUCCCGAUAUCUGGAUGUAUAUUCUGCUGGCUUACUUGGGUGUCAGUUGUGUGCUGUUUGUCAUAGCCAGGUUCAGCCCCUAUGAGUGGUAUAAUCCCCACCCAUGCAAUCCUGACUCGGACAUGGUGGAAAACAAUUUCACCUUGCUAAAUAGUUUCUGGUUUGGAGUUGGAGCUCUCAUGCAGCAAGGUUCUGAGCUCAUGCCCAAAGCCCUUUCCACCAGAAUUGUUGGGGGUAUCUGGUGGUUUUUCACACUGAUCAUCAUUUCUUCAUAUACUGCUAACCUAGCCGCCUUUCUAACAGUGGAACGCAUGGAAUCGCCCAUAGAUUCAGCAGACGAUUUGGCUAAACAAACGAAAAUAGAAUAUGGUGUUGUGGAAGAUGGUGCCACAAUGACGUUUUUUAAGAAAUCAAAAAUCUCAACAUAUGACAAGAUGUGGGAAUUUAUGAGCAGCCGAAGACAUUCUGUGCUUGUCAAAAACAAUGAAGAAGGAAUCCAGCGUGUGCUCACCUCUGAUUAUGCCUUCUUAAUGGAGUCAACGACCAUUGAGUUUGUUACACAGCGGAACUGUAACCUCACACAGAUUGGUGGCCUUAUAGAUUCCAAGGCAUAUGGAGUCGGCACUCCCAUGGGCUCUCCUUACCGGGAUAAGAUCACCAUAGCAAUUCUCCAGCUGCAGGAGGAAGGGAAGCUCCACAUGAUGAAGGAGAAAUGGUGGAGGGGAAAUGGCUGCCCCGAAGAGGAGAGCAAAGAAGCCAGCGCUCUGGGGGUGCAGAACAUCGGUGGAAUCUUUAUCGUACUGGCAGCAGGCCUUGUCCUGUCAGUAUUUGUGGCAGUUGGAGAAGUCUUGUAUAAAUCUAAACAAAAUGCACAGCUUGAAAAGAGGUCCUUCUGUAGCGCCAUGGUGGAUGAGCUCAGGGUGUCUCUGAAGUGUCAACAUCGUCUCAAACACAAGCCCCAGGCCCCUGUCAUGGUAAAAACAGAAGAAGUCAUCAACAUGCACACAUUUAAUGACAGACGAUUGCCAGGCAAGGAGACCAUGGCAUAGAACUUGGUGGGGGGAGAAAAGGAAGCUGCUCUGAGCACAAACUGUCAUCAUUGUUCAAAACUAUUUGCCAGAAAAUGUUUCCUGUGGAAAUAUGCAACCUGAGCAAAACCAAGUGCGUUACCUCAAGCAUCUGAAAACUGGAAGACGACUGAUCUGAAGUCAAAGAAACUGGACCCCAAUUCAGAAUUAAACAAACAAUCAACCUUAACAAAGAAAAAAAAAACAUUUCAGAUUAACGUAGGCAUGCGGGUAUGCCAUGUGUCUCUCGGGUUAACCUGUCCUUUUUAUUAAUGUUUCCAUGUAAAUCUGUUACUGGUGGUCUCAUGGGCAAGUGUUUGUACCCUGAUCAGUUAUCAUCAAGUGUUGUUGGAUAAGCCAACAGAUUAAGCAUAAUACACACUUUCACAGGGAAACCCCUUGUUGGCAGAUUAAAAUGGAAUAAAGUUUUAAAAAAGUACUUCACAUGUGCAAAUAUAUUGUCUAUUGUUUGAACUCACAGAUGAAGCUGGUAACACAGAUCCUUGCUUUGGUAGCACAAAACAGCCAGUGCAAAUGAGUCCAUCAUAGUGAAUGGACAGCAGUAAUGGACAAGUAACAAAUGCAAUUAUAAUCAUAUCUAAGGCAGUAACAAGUUAUUUCAGAAACUUGUUUGUGUAGAUUGGACUAUAAAAUAUAUUAUUGCAUCUUAAGAAUAAUAAAAACAAAUCUAAAUUCUAUCCAGUGUAUAAGGUGUCGCUCACUCAAGUUUAUAGUUAAGUGAGCUACCAAUCUUUCAGUUGCAAUAGAAAGACAGACAAGCUUUUGUUGUUGUUGUUGUUGUUGUUGUUGUUGCCCAAUAGGAAUCAUUGAGUUUGACCCAAAGAGCUAUUUGCCCAACUCCUGGCAAAUUCAUUUGACAACCUGACCUUUCAAAGCCUGUGUAGCUCUGGCUGACUGUGCACACAGGACUUGCUCACCUAAAAUGAUUCAAAGUUAAUUUUAACUGGAGACUUGUAUCUAUUUAUUGAUCUAUCUAUUUAUGUAUUUGUUUAUUUAUUUAUUUUCUUGUUUGUUAAUGUAUCUAUUUAUAAUUUUUUGACUGCAUCACACCUGUAUACAAUUACCACCACAUCCAAAUACUUGCAAGAUGUUUCUUUUACUCUCUCUCUCUCUCUCACACUUCUUUUUUUCAAAAUGUUCACAUUUAUUUGUGGAAAUGCAAGAUUUCUAUGAAAAUAGUUUUUGUAUGAGAAACAUUUUGUAAUAAUUUUUAUCAGCAAAACUAAACAUGGGCUCUACUUGUUUGUGGGUGUCCUUGUGGGGUGGGUGUCAAGCAUGCCUGGUAGUGCUUAUGCACCACCAGUGUUUGAUGAAACCUAUUUUUUAACAGCUAAAGGAAUACUAUUUAAAAAUAAAUAUUUUUACGUCAGGUAAAAAAGGGAAGGGCCAAGUGCACUACCAACAUUGCAUAUCAUUUUACAACCCUGGUUCCAAUAGGCUGAUAGUAUAAAGUGCUGAACAAUUGUUUGUAAAUGGUUAAUACACAUAUA